GGUGCAAAGUGCAAAAAUGAUGUAAUUUAAGGGUGCAAAGUGCCAAAAACCCAUGAUUAGGCAGUGAUUAGUAAAGUGGCAUUCGUGGCAGUGCAUGAUGGAAUUGCUUCUCUCUCUACUUUCAACACUCCUCUACUUCCUUUUUAUCUCUCUCUCUCUCUAACUGGGAAAUUCUAACCCAUUAGGCGCUGUCUUUGUCUUUGAAAUCUGGUGAAAUUUGUUCUUCCUCUCUCUAUUUAGUACCCGAUUCCCUACUUCAUUUCUAGGUUUUGUUCACCCUGUCAAGUUUAAAAAAUGGACAACGUGUCUGGUGCCGAUGAUCAAUAUUUUCUAGUCCAUUUUAUCAUGGGAACCUAUUUUGGUCCUGAUAUAAACGGAUGUAAACCCCACAAGUCAGCUCUGCAAAGACGUGCCGAAAAUCUCCCACAAUACAAUGCAAAUGACUUGGCUGGUUCAUCUAUACAAACAACGUUGUUGGAAAGUGUGUAUUACUUUAUCCUAAGAAAGGCCGAACAAUCUCUUGUCUUGAAGCAACCUUUCUUGCUCCAAUACAUUAAUGGCGGCACUCUUCCAAAUUCUUCUGCUGCAACUUACCCUAAGUUCGAUGAUCUCUUUCCUUGUAAGCUGCACAUGAUCCGCUCUCAAUUUAUGAUUGACAACAUUGUCUUCAUAAAUAACCCGGAAAUCUAUUACAUUAAGCCGCACGAUAUUGAACGGUUUAAGAGGCUGACAGGGUUGGGAGAUUUACUUGUUGAUAGGGAGAGUGCAGUGGUCCACAUAUUUGAGGACGAGAGUGCGACUUUGUACAAUGUCAAAGUGCAAGAAACAUCAUCAAACGUUGACCUUCAAUAUGUGAAGUAUUUUCCAUGCGGGAACACAUAUCUUGAUGUUGGUGGUAAUGAAGAGUCGAAUUCUGCGUGCAAUGUGGGUCAUAGUUCGAUAGUGGUGUCAGAAUCUGAAGAGGGUGUGGAUCAGGGUAUGAUAUUCCUUCCGUCUUGCCCUUCGAGGGAAGAGUGGAAUAAUCUAGCGGCUAAUAUUAAAUGUGGUUUUGCUUUGACUGGAAGUGCUGCAAGGGGACACCUUGGACCCGUUUUAGGACUUAUGGAUAUCGGGGAGUCGGAAGAUUCUUAUCUUUUUCGUGUGUCGCUUCCUGGCGUGAAAAGGGAUGAAAGAGAUUUUAGGUGUGAAGUAGAGAGUGAUGGUACAGUGAUGAUAAAAGGAGUGACGGUGAGUGGUGAAAGAGUGGUUAAGAAAUACGCACAGGUAUUUGAGAUGCAAACACAGAAUCUAUGUCCGCCAGGUCACUUCUCAAUAUCUUUUAAACUUCCGGGACCAGUUGACCCUCUCCAAUUUCACGGCACUUUUGCCACUGAUGGUAUUCUUGAAGGUAUUGCACUUAAACCAACCUACUAACUACUUUUUUUUUUGAGCUCUCAUGCUGCUGCUAUUUUGUCACAAUCGAUCGAUCGAUCUUGUUUAGAUGUUUGGAUUUCUUUGAUGUAUUGUAACUAUAUAUAUAUAAUUAUGAUCUAAAAACAUUUUGACACUUUUCGGUUCUUUUUGUAA